AUGGUUUUGCAAGCUACAACAUCCGAUCCCAGGGACGAACAACUUAACACUCUGUUGGAACGCUUUUGGAUGAUCGAUGAACAAACGGCCGAGCCCUUGAACAAUGACUGUGGAAGACACUUCCUUGAAACUUAUUCCAGAGGAGAGGAUGGACGAUAUACCGUUCAGCUACCAUUUCGAGACGAUCCUGGACAGCUUGGAGACUCCAGGAAUCAAGCGGAGAAGAUGUUCAAGGCGCUGGAGAACAGGCUUGAAAGGCGGCCUGAAAUGAAAAAGCAGUAUUCGGAUUUUAUCCACGAGUACCUGGAGCUUGAUCAUGCUAGGAUACUGGAUCCUAAAGAAGUAAACCCUGAAAAAGGAUAUUAUCUUCCGCAUCAUUGUGUAUUGAAGCCUGAAAGCUCAACGACAAGGUUGCGGGUAGUAUUUAAUGCCUCCGCAAAGACCACUAACGGUGCAUCAUUGAAUGACAUUUUGAUGGAUGUUCCGACAGUGCUAAACCUCUUUUUGAUAUCAUGCUGCAGUGGCGGCUACCUAAAUACGCCUUUACGGCGGACGCUCAGCGCAUGUAUCGACAAGUGA